AUGCUCGGUGACGAGUACGGUAGUCUCGUGGCAGUGGCCACCGUAUCCACAGCACUCAUCGUCGGCGUUUCGUGGUUUUUGAGGAGGUACAUAAUCAAGGUUUUUUGAGGGUUUGUGCUUCAUUUAUAACUAAAGCGAUUCACUAUGCGCCUUUUUGUCCAUAAUCAAAGUAAAUCGUGAAUGCUGGAAUAGAAGCAGAUACUUGAAUCCAAGUACAAGAAGCCUGUAAAGUUGCAUCUCCACAUUAGCGAAUCACUACUUAUCUUGUACAUAGUUUCUCCCAUUCCAGCCGGCCGAUCCUCAUCAACUUCGUCUUCUUCGCCGUCCUUUCGGCUGCCCUUUUCUCCUAUUCCCAUCUCGUAAAUCUCUCCAUUCUCGACUCUUUCGACCUGCUUUUUCGGAUGGUCAUUGGACCGGGAGGCUCGUGGAACAGGUGAUUUUCGUCGACAAUCUAAAACUCGAAAACGCUCAUUUUCUCAGAGUGUACAUGGUGGCGUUUUGGUUGGCGAACGUGGCGGUCUCCGUGCUGUUCUGCGUAUACGUGACGGCCAUCGGGCGGAGCACAACCGUGCACAGAAAGUUCUUCCACCUCACCGUCUCGCUCAUCUACAUCUCCGGCAUCGUGCUCGAUCCGCUCUUCUCGUGGCUCUGCGCAUGGCUCUGGCUGUGCAUUUUCGUGCUCGUCGAGCUGCUCCGCUACCUGAACGUGCCUCCCUGGGGCGCUGCGCUCAACGAGCAUCUGCUCAUCUUCAAGGAUGCGCAAGACGCGGAGUUCCUGCUCACGCCCAUCUACCUGCUCGUCGGCAUCUUCCUCCCGUUGCUCGUUUCGCCGAAAGUGGACAAGGCGGGUUUCGUGCCGACUCUCGCCCAUUUCGCAGGCGUUGCUGCCGUCGGAGUCGGCGAUUCGAUGGCCGCGAUCGUCGGAUCCAGAUGGGGGAAGACAAAGUGGACGGGCCGCCAGAAGUCUCUCGAAGGAACACUGGCGAUGCUCGUUUCGAUGCUCUCCUUCCUGCUCGUCGCCAACGUCUUCAUAUUCCGUCCGUCCAGCGUCAUCUCGAUCGUCGCCGCUUCCCUGACGGCUUCUCUUCUGGAGGCAUUCCUCAAUUCGAUGGACAACUUCAUUCUUCCGCUCGUCACUUUUCUUAUUCUAUGA